AUGGUGUUCGGCCGCACCUUGGCCGAGUCGAGGUUGAUCAACUCAGCGAACUAUGUUCGGACCGAACUACCAACGAGGAUCGCCCACCGAAUUCGCGACAUGCAGCAACUGCCCUAUGUCGUCGUCACAAAUCCACACGUUAACGAGGUCUAUGACCUCUAUUACACUGCCUUUGAUACGUUCCGGAAAGUAAAGGAAAUCAAAACGCUCGAUGACAAUGAUCGCUUUUGCAAAACAAUCCGUUCUAUGCUCAAGGCUCACCUGACGGUCAUCCCCAAACUCGCAAUGGGUAUUCUUGAAAGCAACGGCCUCAUGGACUCGGCCGAGCUAGACAAGUUCAUGAACACCAUUCUCCGAUCUCGUAUCUCUCGCCGCGUCAUCGCCGAGCAGCACCUCGCACUAACCGACACUUUCCACGCGCCGUGGUUCUCCCCAGGGGCCAAGCUUUCCGAGUCCGAGUUCAUCGGCGCCGUCUUCCUCAAGUGCGUCGCCAAAGACGUUGUCACGCGCUGCGGCAGCGCCGUGCGCGAGAUUCUUCAGCGCGCGUACGGGCCGGACGUGGCCCUGCCCGAGAUCCGCAUCGACGGCCACCUCGACGCCAACUUCCCCUACAUCCUCAGCCACCUCGAGUACAUCAUCGGCGAGCUGCUGCGCAACUCGGUGCAGGCCGUGGCCGAGCAGCACCAGCGGCGGCGCGAGAAGGACCCAACGAGCUCGCACAAGCCCCCGCCCCCCAUCGAGGUCACCAUCUGCGAGAGCCACCAGCACGUCAUCAUCCGCAUCUCGGACCAGGGCGGCGGCAUCCCCCGCGACAGCCUGCCCUAUCUGUGGUCCUUUAGCAAGGGUCCCGCGAGCGGCAAGAUCCUGGCCAACCUGGGCAAGGUGCCCAAGAUGGCGGCCACCAUGCAGGAGCUGCAGCUCGAGGAGGACAAUCACCACGCCAAACACCACCACGACGACCACCACAGCCACGAGAACCGCAGCACCUCGAUCGAGGGCGGCGAGAUUGGUCGCGACGUGAACAGCUCGCUGGCCUCGCUGUCCAGUCGGCCGCCGAAUCUGCGCUUGGGGAUGGGCCUGCCUCUGAGCAGGGUGUAUGCCGAGUACUGGGCGGGGAGUCUGGCGGUGCAUAGUCUGGAAGGGUACGGGGUGGAUGCUUUUUUGCAAAUAUCCAAGCUCGGCAACAAGAACGAGCAGCUGACGACGAGGGCGACUAUGGAUGCCGUGUAA